UUCCUUUGUAACACAAUGACUAAUUAGAACUCCGAUCACCAUUUUGAGAGAUGUAAAAACAUUAAAUUUCCAGUGUUUACAAGAAACAUUGGUUAAAACAAACUGUGGUCUCGCGGUCGUCUACCGAGGCAGAAUAUCGAGCCAUGGCAGUUGCCGUUAGUGAAAUUAUUUGGCUCCGUGAUCUUGGAGUCUUCUUUGUCACACUCAUGUCAUUGUUCUGUGACAAUCAGGCAGCCCGUCAUAUUGCUACUAAUCCAGUAUAUCACGAACGCACCAAGCAUGUUGAAAUGGACUGCUAUUUUGUUCGGGAGCGCAUUAUGAGUCACGAGAUUCAGCCACAACCAAUCUCCACUCAACAUCAAGUUGCUGAUAUCUUCACUAAGGCUCUUGGCGGUGAGCAAUUUCAGUACCUUUGUUCCAAGCUGGGUGUACGAGACCUACACUCCAGCUUGAGGUGGAGUAAUGCGUGAUAUGCGUGAUAUAUAUCACGUUUGACUUAGCAUGGCAAGUUGCCAUUUUACGUGGAUUGCACCAUAUAUUUUAUUUUGUUUACUUAUUUGUAUUGCUUUACUUUUAUGAUGCCAUAUGGUCUUGCAUAAAUAGAGGUAGACAUUUGGUGCAAUGAUCAAUCAACUUUCGACAUACUCAUCUCCUUCCCAGAAUCAUGUUUUUAUAUUUCAUGUCCAU